UCUUCAGUCCCUGCGACCAGCGGCCUUGGUUAGGACCCAGCGGACGGUCGUGUGGGCCUGGGCGCUGAGGCUUCUCCCUCUCUGGAGGAAAAGGUGGCUUCACAGAAAUGUCCAAAAACAGGCUAAUGCAUGCUGGAUCCUGACUCCCCUGCUUCUGCCUGAGAUGCUUCCAAAACUACAUCCUCCAGGUGUCUCCGCCCAAAGAAAGACUGCAGCCAAUGAGAACCCGCCUACCGCCCAGUCAGCAACUUGGCUGCUGCCAGGUGGGCAGGUCCGGAGGACAAGUUGCACCUCGACUUGGUGGCUUAGGGCCCUGAAGGAAGAGAUCAAAAUGGAUGCUGAGCCCGUGAGAAAGUUUGGUGUGGUGGUUGUUGGUGUUGGCAGAGCUGGCUCCGUGAGGAUAAGGGACUUAAAGAAUCCAGAAGGUUCCUCGGCUUACCUGAAUCUGAUUGGCUUCGUGUCCAGACGGAAACUUGGAAGCAUUGCAGAAGUGCAGCAGAUUCCCUUGGAAGAUGCUCUUUCCAGCCAAGAGGUUGAGGUGGCCUUCAUCUGCAGCGAGAGCUCCAGCCAUGAGCACUACAUCAGGCAGUUUCUAAGUGCUGGCAAGCAUGUCCUUGUGGAAUACCCCAUGGCGCUGUCAUUGGCAGCUGCUCAGGAACUGUGGGACCUGGCUGAGAAGAAAGGAAAAGUCUUGCAUGAAGAGCACAUAGAACUCUUGAUGGAGGAAUUUGCAUUUCUGAAAAGAGAAGUCCUGGGGAAAGAACUGCUCAAAGGGUCCCUUCUCUUCACAGCUGGCCCACUGGAAGAAGAGCAGUUUGGCUUUCCUGCAUUUAGUGGCAUCUCUCGCCUGACGUGGCUGGUAUCCCUCUUUGGUGAGCUUUCUCUGGUGUCUGCCACUUUGGAAGAGCAAAAGGAGAAGCAGUAUAUGAAAAUGACUGUGCAUCUGGAGACCAAGGACAAAUGUCCGCUAUCUUGGAUUGAGGAGAAAGGGCCUGGCUUCCAAAGAAACAGAUACUUAAGCUUCCAUUUCAAAUCUGGAUCUCUGGAAAAUAUACCAAAUGUAGGUGUCAACAAGAACAUUUUCCUAAAAGAUCAAGAUCUGUUUGUGCAGAAGCUCUUGGGCCAGGUCUCUGAGAAGGAACUGGCUGCAGAAAGGAAGCGUGUCCUACACUGCCUGGCUCUGGCAGACGCCGUCCAGAGGUGCUGCCGUGCUGAGAAGUAGGAGAGGAAGUGGUGGGCACCACCAGCACCAGAUCACAGUGGGAUGUUCUCAGCUGCUUGCCUCCAUUCUUACCAUUAAACAUGUUGGAGAAAGAGGAUAUGUGUGCCAUUACAAGCUGUAGGAAUGAGAUUUGGGGAUGAACCCUGGGGUGGAGACAAGGAAAGUACUUACUAUGGUGGAGCUCAAUUGAUUGUGCCAUACUCCUCCUUCCAUUUUUUAUUCCACACCACCCUGGGAGGUGGAUGGUUGUUAUAUUACCUUUUGGAAAUUAAAAAGGAUUAAGUCUAU